CAGCCCCCCAAUCAAAAAGAGCUUCCUACGGCCCUGAAACGCUAUGGAAACGACACUGUGUGGAUUAAUAGUUAGGAUGAGGGGUCAAAAUAUUUUCAGUAAAAAAAAUAGGGGGUCAUAAUUUUUUAUCAACUUUUGUCUUGGGGGUUCCAAGUUUUCGCGUGGAAUUAGACAUCAGUUCCUCCGGCCCACCCCCCCCAGCUAAAAAAUGAAUGCUCCCUUAGGGGCAUGAAUGUAACAUAUGGUACAUUUGAGGAUAAAUAGACCGCUCGCAGCUAGGAUAAAAGAACCUAUUAGGCUAUUAACGAAAGUAAACAAAGGCGAGGGCAUGAGUGUGCAUGAGUGCAAUAUUAAUUUAAAAGAGAAAAGAGAAAUCGUCACGAAAUGGCAGGAAUAGAAUCAAUCAUUCAGCAAACAUCUCUCUUCUUGUCUGCUGUCGGCCUAGAGAUCAACACAUUUAAGGUAGGUACAUUUUAUUCUUUGAUUUCAUAGCUUAAUAUUUAUUGAACUUUCGAUCAAUAUAAACAGUAUAUGUAUGUUGCAAAAUGUGGACAGCUAAGCUAUUAAGACAAAACAAAGGUAUUUAAAAUAGCUUUGUUUUGUCCUAUUAUAAAUAGUUUUGUUUUGUCCUAUCAGCAUUGAUAACACUGUAACUUAAUCUACGCUUGAAUUGCAAUUAAAUACGUGUUCCGAUAUAUCAUGUUGCCUGCCCCCAAAUGGCAAAUGUGGUGUUUUCAUGAAAUGAAAUGAAAUGUAGGUACUGUAUAACUAUAGACUACCCCACAGUGGAAAGGUGUGAUAUUUGAAUGUGGCUAUACUGGCAACAUGGCUAAAUGUACUAGAGGUGUGCGAAUCCGAUCGGAUUCGUUCGGAUUUCGGAACCAAAAUGGGUCAUUCCAGAAAACAUCCAUACCACCCCCACGGAGGAAAUAGGAAGUUAACCCCCCCUACCCCCUUCGGAUGUCCUAAUACAUUUACUAUUAUCAGAAACAAUUUUUUCUCCCCUCCCCCUACGGACGGCAGAAAUUUCCUCCAUGGAUCGAGUAUGGAUCUUUUCUGGAACGACCCAAUAUUCAUUUCGGAUCGGAUUGAUAAAGUUGUUUCGUAAUCGGAUCGGACUUCGAUAUCUGAAAUAAAAUGAAUUCAUUUUAUAAAAUAACAUGUAUAUAACACAUGCUCUGAUUGGUCGAAGCCUGUGUUUGGAUUAAUUGGAUCAGGGCAUCCAAACACGGAAAUUAAAAGUGAAAGUUUUUUAAAGUGAAAUUUUAACACGGAAAGUGGUUAUUUUAUAAAACAAUUACUUUAUGGUUUCUAUGUUUGGAUGGCCUGAUCCAAACACUUGGUAAUUGUAUAAUCCACGCAUUAUUGCAAGAAUUAACUAUCCAUACAUUUAUCAAAGCAUUAUCGUGGUUGUCGCUGCAUUAUUCAUUUGAUACUUCAAGUGGAUGUCACUUUGUCAGCUUCUUGACAUGUAUUUCUUGCUUUUAUAUUUAUUUGGUUAAAUAUUUCAACUUGAAUGAGAAAUUUAUUUUUAAUUAUUAAAGAAUUCUUCGGAUCGGAUUGGAAUUCUUUGUCAAAACUCGGAUUCGGAUUUAUAGACAAUUUGGGAUCAGAUUUUAAACAUUAGGCAAUUGUCGGAUUAUAAACGUGCAAUCCGAUCCGAUGCACACUUCUAAGGGACGGACCAUUUGAUUUUUCAUGGGGGAGGGGCGCAAAUCCGAAAAAAAAUAUCGAGCAUGUCUCGAAUGGAAGAAAAAAAAAUCGAACAUCACUAACACCAGCAAAAAAAAUAUCGAGCACAAAAAAAUUCUAAAUUAGCAAUACUCUAUAUUGAAAGAAAAAUUCAGUUUCCCUGAGUUUUUUUUUCUGUUGAUUGUUUCAGUUCCGCCUUGGUUAACAAUAUUGGAAGUAUAUACAUGCAAAAUACAAACCGAUACAAACCAGUUUGACUUCAAUAAUUCAAUUAUAUCCACAAAUUACCUUAAUGGUAUCCCUAAAAAACCCAAUCUUAACACUGAAAGUCCCACACUUCUGUAAAUAUGACAUCGAUUAAUGAGGGUGGGAAAGGGGGGGUAUGGUUCACCGCCGUUCACGUUUCACAAAAAAAAAAACGUUUCACAAUUCACGUGCCAUAAAAAAGCAAUUUCACAUUUCAUGGAUAAUAAUAAUAAUUACAAUAUUUAGUCAGGGGGUCCACUCACGAAAGUGAUUUUCAGUGGAGCCCUGAUAAAAAAAAAUAAAAGAAUAAGAAUAUAAAACUAACAAAAGUGAAUAUAUGAAAAGUUAUAUUGUAUAAAGUUCUUGCGCAUCCAAUCGGUUCGGUAGUGAGUCCUAUGGCUAUGUAGCUAAAUGUUUCUUUAGUUUAGUUUUAAAAGUUUUAAUUUGCUGUAUAUUUCGGAUUUCCACUGGCAGACUAUUCCAGUCGUUGGCAGCAUGGUAGCUGAAUGCCUGCUUCCCACAGUUCUUUAGCCCGCGAAUACCCAGUGGCGUGCUGGCAGGGGGGACCGGGGGGCCACGGCCCCCCCAGUUGGCAAUUUUUGGGGGGCGCAAAAAUGAAAAGGGGGCGCCGAUCCCGCGCCGAAUUUUGAAAGUAGGUAGAAAGAAACGCAUUCGAAGAAAUAUAGUUACUAAUUCCGCCAAGGAAAGAUGUGUUUAUAGACUUAUAAACAGACUAAGCCCAUAGGCGACAAAGUGAGUGAGUAUAUUAAAUUGCAGACUAUUUUGUCUAACCGUAUUUGCUACCUCACGACUCACAUGAAAUCACUCGUUCAUAUAGAAACAUGAUCAGUGAUCACUUGCAAUGUCUCAUUACCGGAAUAUUGAUCAGGCUUCGAAGCGAUCACGGGAAUCAUGCAUAUGCGUGGGGUCUGUGUGUUAUUGUAUAAAAGAGCUGUAAGUUGUAAAUGAAUUCAGAUCAGUGGAGAAUAGAAUUGGGAUUAGAUUAAUUGCUGGAAGUAGUUAGCAUUGCCCAAUUUAAGUGCUACUACUAAAUUCUAACCAAUUUUCAAAUUUCGACACGUUGUAAUGCCGUUUCCUGACCAUCAGAUUCCUGUCAAAUCGUCCCCCAAAGUCCAGGAAAUGGCAUUUCAGAGACUUUAAAUUCAAAAAUUUUUCCGGGGGGGCAUACCCCCAGACCCCCCUAGACAAACCUCGCACCUGCGGCGCUCGGCUCGUGCCUUCGGCCCUCGUUUAUCAAGGGUAAUAUUAUAGGGCCGCAUAUUAGUUGCCAGCCGACUGGCCCCCCCAGAAAAACAGUACCCAGCACGCCACUGCAAAUACCGCCUGCUAUGCAGGCUACCAGUUCUUCUUCACGCGUUCCAAAUGUAUGUUCUGUUUGUUUCGAGUGUUGUAGCUGUGGAUGUCAGAGGAGAACUUGAAAUUAAAUUGAAAUUUAAAAUUGAUAACGAGACUCUAAUAAAAAUAAUAUAAUAAUAAUAGCUUUAAAUAUGGCGGAUGGUCAUGAUUUUGAUGGCUGCGACUAAAUUUAUAUAAAAUCGCACUUAAUCACCUUAAAAUGCCACCAAAAUCGAAACGUAACCAAAAUAACCAAUCCAGUCAACAUAUAGAUUCAUCAAAUGUUGAAAUAUCAUCACAAGAUGAACAAGAAAAUGGAAAAGAUUGUCCAUUAUCAGAAAGUUCGUUUAAACGAAUUUUAGAUGAUCGCUUCAAAUUACAAGGUUCUGAACUCAAGGACCUAGUAGUCAAAUACCACAAAAUAACUCAAGAUGAACUCAAAGAAAUAAAAACCAGCCAAGAAUUUAUUAAUGCUAAGUUUGAACAACUGUCGAAAACGAUCGAAGACCUACAAUGCCAAAACGAAUUCCUGAAACAAGAAAAUUCACAAUUAAAGGCAAAUGCAACCGAGAUGUCCAAUAGAAUAAUACAAUUAGAGGAAGAUCAAGAAGCUCAAAAUCUCUAUUCGCGUAGAGAUUGUUUGGAAUUGCAUGGAAUUCCUAUUCAAUCUGGCGAAGACACUGACAAAUUAGUUCAAAAGGUUGGCGAACUGGUUGGUACCAAAAUAAAAAACGAAGAUAUCUCGAUCAGCCAUAGAUUACCUACAAGAGGAGACCGAACACCUAUUAUAAUUGCUAAAUUUACAAGAAGAAGUGUGCGGGAUGGUUUACACAAGGCACGAAGAAAUUUAACCAGAUUUAAUGCCACUGACCUUGGAUUUUCCCAACAGAACAAUAAACUUUACAUAAAUGAAAGUCUAACAACAAAGGCUAAAGAAAUAUUCAGAAAAACAAAGGAAUUCCAGAAGGAACAAAAGUUUCAGUUUGUAUGGACAAAGAAUGGGAAAACGUAUAUGAAACAGGAUAAUGAUGUUCAUUCAAAAGUAGUUUCGUUCUCUACUUUGUCUGAAUUUGUACGAUUCAAAGACCAAUUCUUCACAGCAAGAUAAGUUUAAUCUGUAUAAUCUUACACUAAUCCUAUUAUUUUUGCAUACAACUUAAUAAUGUAUCCUAAUCCGAAUAUUGCUAAUAGCUAUCUAAACAAAUCUAUUAAUUCUGAUUAUCAAGACCCUGAUAAUAUUAUUCCUUCAUUUUCGUCAAAUUACUAUAGUAUAGAAGAAUGUAAAAACUUAUUUAAUACUCCCCCUAACUUACAUUCAUAUUCACCAACAUAUAAUAAUAAUCAUGAUUUAUUUUCAAUUUUUCAUUGUAAUGUAAGAAGCCUCCAAAAGCAAUUUAGUAAACUUAAUGAUAUUCUGAUUUCAUUGGAAAACCAAAUCUCUAUAAUUGGAAUAAGUGAAACCAGACUAAAUGAAAACUCAUCUUCCAAUAUUGAUUUGAUUAAUUACAGUUUUUUAAGACAUGAUUCUCCCACACAAGCAGGAGGUGUGGGUCUGUAUAUUCACAAUAGCUUAGAAUUUCACUUAAGACAAGAUAUUAAGUUACUGGUUGAUGGUUGUGAGAAUUUAUGGGUUGAAAUUCAUACACCUAAAAAUGAGAAAAAUAUUAUUAUAGGCAUAAUUUAUAGACACCCACAUUCUAAUAUUUCUGCAUUUAAAGAUGCUUUAUCAGAUAAAUUGGAGCAUAGUUUGAAUGAAAAUAAGCAAUUAAUCAUUAUUGGGGAUAUAAAUAUUGAUCUCAUAAAAUGUGAAACACACCAACUUACUUCUGAUUACCUUGAUAUGAUAUACUCUAACUCUUGUUUUCCUGUUAUUACACAGCCUACUAGAGUCACAAACUACACCGAAACUCUAAUUGACCAUAUUUAUACCAAUGUUUUAAACAAACCUAUUACAUCCGGAAUCUGCCUGACUGAAAUUUCCGAUCAUUUUCCUGUUUUUCUAAUCUUGCAUAAAAUAAAAUCGGCAACAAAACGGAAUAUGAAGAAAAGAAACUUCAAAAACUUCAAUAAUGAUAUUUUUUUACAAGACCUAGAAACAUCUAUCAGUGACACUAACCAUAAUAGAAAUGUUAACAAUUCAUUUUCCAAUUUCUUUUCCAUAUUUACAUCAACAGUAAAUAAACAUGCACCUAUACAAAAUGUCUCAAGGAAAGAAUUUAAACUUUCUACGAAACCUUGGAUUACUUCUGCGAUAUUAAAGUCAAUAAAAAGAAAACAAUAUCUUUAUUAUCAUCAUUUUAUUAAAGGCAAUGAAGAUCAAAAAAGGUACUAUAAAUCAUACUCUAAUACUUUAACUCAUUUGAAAGAAUUGAGUAAAAAGUUAUAUUUUAAAAAUAAAAUAACAAAAAUUCAAGGUAAUAUAAAAGAAACAUGGAAAAUUAUUAACCAAAUAGUUAAAAUAAGGUCUAAAGGUUCUAUUACUCCAGACAAGAUAAAUAAUAAUGGCGUUGAAUUUGAUCAACCGCAGGAUAUUGCCAAUCAAUUCAACAUCUUCUUCAGAGAUAUUGGUCCUCAACUUGCAGAAAAAAUAUCUCCUUCCAAUAAAGACUUUCGUGAUUAUCUUACUCCUUUGAAAUCUAACAAAAGUUUCUUUCUUACACCUACAACUCCUAAUGAAGUGGCUUCUAUGAUAAAUGAGCUCGAUGCCUCAAAGGCUUUGGGUCCUUAUGGAAUUCCUAUUAGUUUACUGAAACUUGCAAAACCAGUUAUUGCAACAGAACUGAGUGAAUUAUAUAAUUUUUCAUUUACUUCUGGUAUAUUUCCUGAAGAACUCAAGCUCUCGCGAGUAAUCCCUCUUUAUAAAAAUGAAUCGAUUCACUUGUUAUCAAAUUACAGACCUAUUUCUUUACUUUCACCAUUCUCAAAAAUGUUAGAAAAAUUAAUGUGCAAACGACUAUUAUCAUAUUUGAAUAAAAAGGACAUUAUAUACAAAUACCAAUUUGGAUUUCGGAAAAAUCAUUCAACAACGUUGGCAUUAAUUGAAAUUAUUGACAAUAUUCUUAAUGCCAUGGAUAAGAGGCUUUAUACUUGUGGAAUAUUUAUUGAUUUUUCAAAGGCAUUUGAUACUAUCAACCACACGAUUCUCCUUUCCAAGUUGGAGCACUAUGGUAUUCGUGGCGUUGCGUUACAUUGGUUUAGAACCUAUCUAACGGAUCGCUCACAAUUUGUAGACCUUAAUGGAACACUCUCAAACACUAUUAAAACAAACUGUGGAGUUCCACAGGGUUCAAAUUUAGGCCCACUAUUAUUUCUUAUUUAUGUUAAUGACAUCUCGAAUUGCAGCAAUAUUUUAAAAUUGCGGUUGUUCGCAGACGACACUAAUGCUUUUUUGGAAAAUAGUAAUAUACUAACUUUAACCACAAUAGUUAAUGUUGAAUUAGAAAAACUUACCAAUUGGAUUAAAGCAAAUAAAUUAUCGCUAAAUAUAAAAAAAUCGAAAUUUAUGAUAUUUUCAUCCGUUAGGAAACAAUUUCACUAUAUUCCAAAUAUCAAGUUAGAUGGCUCUUCACUAGAGCAGUCAGAAUUUUUUAAAUAUCUGGGUGUCCUUCUUGACAGAAACUUGAGUUGGAAAUUUCAUAUAAACAUUAUAUGUAAGAAACUUUCCAAGAAUAUUGGCAUGAUUUCAAAAUUACGUCACUAUGUUGAUCUUGACACACUAAAAAAUGUUUAUUACUCCCUAAUAUAUCCUUACCUUUAUAAUGGGGCAAUUAUCUGGGGAAAUACGUACUAGUCUCGUCUUAAUCAGUUAAACAUUUUAAACAACAAAGCUGUCAGGAUCAUGACUUUUUCCGAACCUCGAUCCCAUGCUCCACCUAUCUACAAAUUACUAGGUAUUCUUCAAGUAAAAGACAUUGUUUACACCCAAAAAUGUACUUUUAUGUACGAUUACUUUAAUAAUAGGUUACCAGUAGCAUUUUCUAAUUAUUUUACACACUCAUCAGAAAUACAUCAACAUUAUACUCGAUAUUCAACCCAUAACUUUCAUUUGCCAUCUGUUUCUAGUAACUCAGGAAAAUUCUCAUUAAAAUUUUCUGGAAUAAAAAUCUGGAGUUCUCUUGAUAAUCAAGACAAAUUACUAUCUAGGAAAUCUCUAAUAAAAAGAAUUAAAAAGAAUUGCCUUGAUACCUAUUCCUAAUAUAAAAUGUUUACUUACUAUAAUCAAAUCAAAUCAAACCUAUUGUGUGUGAUGUUAAUGUACAGUAUGUGUGUAUAUAUGUGUUUAUUAUAUUUUUAUAUACAUUUCUAAAUUUAUUUUUUUUUUGUAUUAUUAUUUGCCAUAUUUAAUUCAUUGUUGUAUAUAGUUCUUAUGGGGAAUUGGCACGAAAACUUUAGUUACUCUAAUUCCCCAGCACCGUUCUCACUUUAUUGUAAUAAUCUUGUCAUUUUUUUUUUUAUUUUUUUUUCUCGAGUGCAAAUAAAAUUCUAUUCUAUUCUAUUCUAUUCUAUUCUAUUAAGAUUAUGUUUAUAAAUGCAUGGUACAGUACUUCGCUUUAAGUUCUCUUCUCUGCCUGGCAGUUAAAAACUACUUACAAGUUUGAGUGAUGAGUACGUCCGACGACCUCCGAAAGACCUUCGAAGUUUCUACUCUUGUGCAAUCGAGUGAGAUCGAUCAUAUAAAUUAUUAUCGCGUAUUAUGUCCAUUAUGACUAUUAUAAAAUAGAACGGAAUAAAAAAUCUAAAUCACAGUUCACGAAACAGACAUCCUUAAUUCCCAUUUCACGGAGCAUUUUUAUCGACAAUCACGCCUCACGGCUGUAGAACAAAUCACAUUUCACGACUGUAAAAUCAAACAUUUCACACAAACAAAUAUUGACCAUUCACGGCUCACGAAAAUACCCUUUCCCACCCUCAUUAAUGAUAUCGCUCUCUGAUUCUGAAUAAAAAUCACAGUUUAUCAUAAUACGUAUUGGGAACACUGAUAUGAUUGGGAACCGUGAGAAUUUGUAUAUAUAGAUGCCAUUACGCCAAUGCAAAAUGGGUUACACACUUACACUUGAUCCAAUUUUGAUCGGGGCUAUGGUCUACGUUUCGUAGACACAUUUCACGACAGUAAAAUCAAGCAUUUCACACAAACCCAAUUUUGAUCGGGGCUAUGGUCUACGUUUCGUAGACACAUUUCACGACAGUAAAAUCAAGCAUUUCACAUAAACAAAGGUCUACGAAACGUAAACCAUAUAGCCCCGUAUAUAAAAUGGGCCAAGUAUAAAAUUGGCCAAGUAUAAAAUAGGCUGUGAUAGUUAUAUCAUAGAAUAGGAAGGUAUACCAGAAGUCUCACUCAAGCAAGCAUUUGUCCGCAUUUUUACAAGCGAUUCGUCAUCAAUCACGCCAUCCUGGCUAGUACAACCGACACUUUGUACCUACCAAAACCCAGGGCUUUCAAAAUAACCCGGCGGCCGCCGGAGCUCCGGCGGGUGCCACGAGGUUUACCGCCGGUUACUUUGUUUAGUAUACUUGAAGUAUCAAUUCUGCUCUCCUUCCUGCACUUUAAGCUUUGAACUGACAAAGUUCUUUUUCCUCAACUUGGUCUAUACUAAUUUAUAGCCUGGUUAUUAUCGAAAACGACGUACUAUUUCAUAAAACUGAUUUAGUAGUUAUUUGUCAUCUUAUAAUAAAUCUUGUAAGUUGUUAAAAAAUGAAAGUAGUGAUACAUCAUAAUUUGUGUUGUGUUGCUAUCUAAUCAAUGUACAUAAUUAAUUUGGAUGAUUUUAAGACUAACUAGACCGUCCCCGCCCUACAGCCGCCUACUUUAUCAAAACAGACACCUACUCUGAAUAAUUCUGAAAGCCCUGAAAACCUGAUAAAAACUUCCGGCUGUACUAGCCAGGAUGGCGUGACAUGGAUUGGCGUGAGCGAGUUAAAAUUUUUGUGGGUUACACUUCUGCUAUACUUUCCUAUUUUCUGGUUAUAUGCUGUAUAUUCAAAUACAUUCUUCAGCCGGAAUAUAACCAUACGUGAAUGAUGGUUUUAUAAAAAUACUGAAUGCAGGUAUUAUUGUAUUAAAGCUAUAGUAAAAAUUUUAAAAAAAUAUCGUGCACGCGGCAAGAUUCGAUAAAAAAAUAAUCGUGCAGAGUCGGUGAGGUCCAAAAAAAAAUCGAGCACUCUCAAAAAUGCGCCCCCCAGAUAGGCCGGUUAACCCAUUUAAUGCUUUAAUGCUUUAAUGAAAUACUCCUAAAGCAGUAUUAUACUACACUAGGAGGAGUUAUAUAUACUGAAAAACUAGAUAAUAUUUGUAUUUAUUUACAAGAAAUUAGUCUUCAUAAUCACUGUAUGACACAUAUAUUAGGCGGUGAUUAUUAAGCGCCAGCGCUCUCCCCUUGACGAGUAAAAUCGUCUGGCGUUAGACAGAGUAACACACUAAAGUAGGGUGCAAUGCGACUCAAUGAGUUAAGUCAAGAUAUGGGAAUUUUAAUUUUCUACAUCUCGUCCUAUUCUGGAAUAUAUAUUGAUAUUAAAACAGCAACUGGGUUGUUAAUUCCAGAAAAGAUCCACACUCCCUCCAUGGAGGAAAUUUCUGCCAUCCAGAGAGGGAGGGGAGAAAAUUUUGUUUAUGAUAAUAAGUAAAUAUAUUAGGGCGUCCGAAGGAGGAGGGUUAACUUCCAAUUUCCUCCAUGGCCAUGGGGGAGAUAUGGAUGUUUUCUGGAAUGACCCAUUUAUGUUACUGGUCACGUACACAGCCACACAAGAAUUUUUAAAACAAAAACAUGCGCUGAAACAACAAGAAACAAUUUAUAAACUUAAGAAACAUUUCUGUAUUCAUUAUCCUGCCAAGUUUCAUCAGCAAUGAAUAACAUUUAGGAUUAGCAACUGAAUUUAGUUUUUUAUCUUUUUGGAGGACAAAAACUAAAUGUAGUUUGCUGAUGUACCAAAUGUUAUUCAUUCCUGAUAUUUACGUCUUCCUUCUAGUUUCUGUAUAUUUGGUUUUAGAAGAUUUUGAUUAAUUUAUAUUUGGUUAAAUAGAGAGAGCAAGCAUAAAAAUUCCUUGUGACCAGGCUUUUAGCCAGAAGGGCGUCCACACGUCCUGGGACGCCCCUAUAAUGGAAAAUGGACGCCUUUGGGGAAAAGGGAAAUUAUUUUCAAUGAUUUCCCUAAGUAUAUUAAUAUAUCCGAAACGAAUUAGCUUCAAUUCUCAUUAUUAUUACGGUAUACAUUUGACAUUUUUAUCAAUUUGAUGGUGUACCUGGAUGAAUGAAAAUUUCGUAGUUGAGUAAAGAAGCAUAGUGGCACAAACUCACACAGCCAAGUGUGUUUGAAAAAUUUCGAACAAGCUUGGAACAGAUACUGACAUGAAGUAACGUUAACUUCAAAGGUUUUCCAGAGGAACGUAUUCUCGAACCCCUCCCCACUCUUUACUGUAGAUAUAUCGUUAUACCAAAAUUGGACACCCUCUUUCAGGACCCUGGCUAAAAUCCUGCUUGUGACCAAUGUGACGUAUUUACCAUUUACUCCAAAACAUUUGUGAGGUUGAAACUCAAACUUACCCAUGUUUCUAUACUUAAAAACACCAUAUUGUAUCUGCUUUCCCACGUUAUUACUUCAUAUGUGCUAUAAUUAUGGUAGUUGUAGUUAAAUGAUGUCAUCAUGCAAGGGAUCAAUAGCCCUAUUAAUGUCUAAAUUACACUAUUCUAAGGACUUUUAAAAAGAUUAAAACAGACAGUUGUAUAACUGUGAUUGUAUGAUUGGUAAUAUUUUAAUUAUUUCAAUUUUGUAGAUAGGAUGGUAUAAUGACCAUGUGGAUGAGCCUUUCAAACUUCCUUAUCCUUAUGAUACUCUAGCAAUAUGCAUUAUCAGUACACCCGAAAUGUUUGACAAAGGAUUUAAACCUUUCUUAAAAACUGGCAACUACUCUGGCUCAAUGGAUCCUUUGGAUGAGUUCAUUUCAGGCUAUCUUAAUAAACUUAAAACAGAAAUCCCAAAUGAAGAAAUGGAAAUUAUUUUUGACUAUGAACUUCUCCCGAGUCGUAGGCCUAAAAUACUGGUCCAGACUGCAGGUCAUGUGUCCGGGGCGGCAUUUUAUUAUAGACGGAAAAAUGUUAAGAAUGAUCCGUGGGAGGCAAAUACAAAAAUAUAUGGAGUGAGUAUCCAUAAAAAAUAUGGUGGAUGGUUUGGUUUUCGAGGUGUGGUUGUUUUUAAGAAUGUUCAAGCUCCAGGGUUAAAACAACAACUUCCUGUAGAUGUUGUGUGUGAGGAUGAGAAAAUUAUCGAACUUCUUGAGAAAUUCAAUUAUCAUUGGCAAGAUUGGAGUUACAGAGAUAUUGUUCCUGCCAUUAUGAAAUAUUCAGAGGAACAAAAAGUUUAUUUUGAUACUGCCCCAGCAGAAAGAAGAAAAAUUUUAGAACAAUUUAUAAACAGUUAGUUAUAAUUCAGUGUUGUGGCAGACUUGCUCAGAUGUGGAGUCAGUGUCAAAUCCCUUAAAACUAUGCCAUGAAAACUCGUAAACUCCACAAGUAGAAAAUAGUAUGAGUGAACUGUCACAAUGAAUUGUCACAAUGGGUGAGCUGUCACUGACAAUGAAUUGUCAGACAUGAAUAAAAUUGGAAAAUAAUUAGUAUAUGCUUGAACAUUGGCUAAAUAAAUAUGUUUAUAAUGAUCAAUAGCAAUAAGUAUCCAAACACGGGCUAAUUGAAUUUACAGAAUAUAAAAUAUUUCUGUGAAUUUAAGUGCAUAUAGACGCUAAUAUGAUCGAUGAACCGAGAUGUCAUUUGGGAAAGGACAUGUGUGUUUGCAAAUCAUUGGCCAUGUAAUGAAGGUUGAUUGGCACUUCUUAGUCAAUACCUUGUAUGAGAUAAAAAAUAGUAUAAAUGUAUAAUACUGUGCAUAAAUUGUAUUGUAAUUUAUUCUGACACAACAAUAUCAUACAAUUGUCAAUUUGACUAUAAAUAUAUAACGUUAUUCAGUAGAAUUUAGACGGUAGGAGGCAGGUUAAUUAUUCAGUAAAAUUUAGAAUUUAGACUGUUGUAACAACAGUAAAACAGUUUAGUUUUAAUCUCGAUGAAUAAAAAAGUUCACACUUCUCUCAACUGGCCUUAUUCAGUCAACUUAUAAUUAUUCAUCGUUCUUUUCCAAUUGUUGAUAAUCGUCUUCGUUUUUGA